UGUUUGUCAAACUCACUGCCCCCGCCAAGACAUCUAUCCAUUUCAAGACCUCUUAAUCGCAUUCCGAAACCGCGCGCUGUACGACUUCACCAAGCACAAUCCAACAUGGCGAUCCAGAUCCUCUCUGACUUGCACCUGGAGGCCCCCAAAGCAUACGAUGUGUUCGAUAUUGAGCCUAAGGCGCCACACCUCGCCCUGCUCGGCGACAUUGGGAAAGUCGCGGCACAUAAACCCGACUUCCUCGGGUUUCUGACUCGACAACUACAGCGGUUUCGAACUGUGAUCUUCAUCCCCGGCAAUCACGAAGCAUAUGGUUCCAACUGGCCCGAGACCAUUGAUAUCCUUCAGGCUUUUCAAGAGGACUCAAAGGCACGCAAGAAUACGUCGCUAGGCGAUUUUGUCCUGCUCGACCGUGGCGUCCUGCGGCUCCCAGACACCAACGCGGUGAUUCUAGGUUGCAGCCUCUUUUCUUGCGUUCCAACUGAGAGCCACAUGGCGGUCAGUAUGGGCCUCAACGACUUCUUCCAGACGGACAAGUGGGACGUGGAAGCGCACAACGACAUGCACAAACGGGACCUGUCCUGGCUCAAUGCACAGGUCACCGACCUCGAAGAUUCCGACGCCAACAUCAUCAUUUUUUCGCACUGGAGCCCAACUUUAGAUGCUCGUGCGACUGAGCCAAGACACGCCGGUAGCCGGAUCAGGAGUGCCUUCUCAACCGACCUAUCCAAGGAGAAGUGCUUCAGGAGCGGCAGAGUCAAGCUUUGGGCUUUUGGACAUACGCAUUACAACUGCGAUUUCGUAGUUGACCGGGAGGACGGAGCCGGCCCGUUGAGGUUGGUGGCGAACCAGAGGGGUUAUUACUUUUCUCAGAGUGAGGGUUUUGACAGUGAUAAGACGGUUGAGGUAUGAAAAGAAAAGAUGGGUUAUCUCGAAACUCGAGCAUGGUUGUUCACCAGCGAGCCAACCUGCCUGCUUACUUUACCGAGUUACCUACCGAGUGCACUCUGAAACGUUGUUAAUUGGAGGAAACCAAGAAUAAAAAAAGAUGAAAAAUAAAAAAGAAACGAAAAAAGAUAGUUAUAUCCGUAGGCUGCCUCCGAAAAGUUGCUUUGGAUCAGAACCGUGAACGGCGGUCCAGUGCCCAUCCUCAUGGUUGCGCAAUCUGCCG